AUGCAUCAUCAUCAUCCAUUUCUUGAUGCAGGAAUAGGUGCUUUCGGUGGCUAUGAACUCGGACGUCAUACCGGCUUUGGCAGUCCACUUCUUGAUGCAGGAAUAGGUGCUUUCGGUGGCUAUGAACUCGGUGGCGGUGGCUUUGGUGGCGGUGGCUUCGGUGGUCCAUUUGGUGGCGGUGGCUUCGGUAGUCCAUUUGGUGGCGGAUUUGGUGGCGGAUAUGGCGGAUAUGGCGGCGGAUAUGGAGGAUAUGGUGGCGGAUAUGGAGGAUAUGGUGGCGGAUAUUGGUAA